UAAAUAUCUGGUAAAACGUUACUUCCUUUCAACUUUAACCUCCGGCUCAUUUAAAGACAAAAUGGCGGCGUCCUUACAGAGCAUCGUGAGAGCGGUUUGUCGCGUUUCUCCUGCUGUUUUGCAAAGAACUCAUCGAGCUCAGACAAUACAGAAUGGAGUCAGGGUCCUGUUUGCUGCUCCAGUCAUGCGACACUUUUUUAAUUCUGCUAAACUGACAUGUGAUGGAGUCGGUUCUCAGGGUGUCGGUUCUCAGGGAGUCGAAUCACACUCUCGGUUCAGAGACACACCAUGGGAAUACCUGGAGAGUGAAGAGUACAUUGAACGUUAUGGAUCCAGACCUGUUUGGUCUGAUUACAGAAGGAACCAUAAAGGUGGUAUACCUCCUCAAAAGACCAGGAAGACCUGCAUACGAGGAGAGAAGAUAUGUGGGCACCCCUGUCCGAUCUGUCGUGAUCCAAAUAUAAUCAUCCACUACCAGAAUGUUAAUCUGUUACAGCAGUUCAUAAGCCCUCAGACAGGAAUGUUGUACGAUCCAACCAGGACCGGUGUCUGCAUGAAGCAACAGAAACUACUUAAUAAGGCAGUUGAAACCGCAAGAGACCACGGCUUGAUUCCGACCAAGUUACUUUCUGUCGACUAUUCUGGAGAGGACUUCUCAAACUCCCAUGGUGCAGUGGGGUGUACACCUUUGCCACCUGCUUACACACAUGGUGAACCUUGGUACACGUGGUACGGUGACAUAGAGCCAGAUGAACGGGAGCUGGCUCGAGUGAAGAAGAUCUAUAAACCUUACCUAAAGUAGAGUAGGUUUUCGGGGCACAGAUUUAACCUAGUCGUGGACUGAGCGUUGUAAUUUAUAGAGCACUGAUCAUUCAUGUGUUGAGCAAACUGGACCUAGCCGUAAGAUUCAAUUCACUGACUGAUAUGGAACUUAAAUAUGCAUUUUAUUUACUGUGAUAUGCAAUACAUGAUGAAACAUUAAACCCAUGUUACACACAGCUGUAUUAAAAUUCUAAAGGACAUGAUUUGAACAGAAAAGCAGAAAUAAUUAUUAAUAAUGAUAACAGUAUUGGCCACCACAUAUCAAGAUAUGUAUUUUGGACUUUUCAUUUGUAAAUUGUUGGUUUUGUUCUGAAUUCCUCCAAAAUAAAGAAUACGUACAAAUGC